GGGGAGGGAUGAGAGUGUGUGCAGCCUCGGUGUGUGUGGUGUGACUCUGUGUGUGUGUGUGUAUGAGGACUGUGGAGGAGCCCCCUCCUCCUUUAACUAGCUGGUCAGCAGCGGAGGGAUUAGUGAAGCCAGCUCCACUCACACUACCAACAGAAGGAGGGGGGUAUUGCAAUAAGCGUGAAUCAUGCUCGUCGUCAUUACUACCGGCUGGGAGUGGAGCCGAAAUUGUGCAAGAUACGGAUAACAGCGAAGAAAGGUCCGUGUGGAUCGAGUCAAGUUUCCAGAGAGCUCCUCUUUCUGCCGUGGAAAUGCCUCACCAAGGGCUGUGCUGCUGCCGCCACCGCUGCUGCUGCCUCUCGGACCCGUCGCGUUACUCCUCUGCGUCCCUCACAUGUGCUUUAUGUUGAACAAGUGACCGGGAUAUCAACCUGUAAGUGAGGACCACAAACCAAAGGACGUGCGGAUAUACAUAUAUAAAUAUUCCUCCUGUUUUUUUGUUUUUUUUUGCCGUGCGGAGAUUUUUACCAGAGGAAAACAGAGAGGGGGGAAAGUUGUACUUGUUGGUCAAACAUGGGGAACGCAGGGAGCAUGGACCAGCACACUGAUUUCAGAGGACACAACAUGCCUCUGAAAUUACCCAUGCCCGACCCUGGGGAACUGGAGGAAAGAUUUGCAACUGUUUUGAACUCGAUGAAUCUUCCUCCAGACAAAGCGCGACUGUUGCGGCAGUAUGACAAUGAGAAGAAGUGGGAGCUCAUCUGCGAUCAGGAGCGAUUCCAAGUGAAAAACCCGCCUCACACGUACCUCCAAAAGCUGAGGAGUUAUCUAGACCCAGCAGUCACAAGAAAGAAAUUCAGACGGAGAGUUCAGGAGUCCACCCAAGUCCUGAGAGAACUGGAAAUUUCGUUACGCACCAAUCAUAUAGGGUGGGUGAGAGAAUUCUUAAAUGAAGAGAACAAGGGCCUGGACGUGCUGGUGGAGUAUCUUUCUUUUGCACAGUAUGCCGUCACGUUUGAUGGAGACUGUGUGGAGAACAAUCCAGAGGCUGCCAUGGAUAAGUCUAAGCCCUGGAGCCGCUCUAUAGAAGACCUGCAUGGAGGAAGCACCCUGCCAUCUUCCAUGACCGGGAAUGGCAUCACACGUGCUGGGCGACAUUCCACGAUACGCUGCAACACACUGCCGAGCCGGAGAACCCUGAAAAACUCCAGACUGGUCUGCAAGAAAGACGACGUCCACGUCUGCAUCAUGUGCCUGCGUGCUAUCAUGAACUACCAGUAUGGCUUCAACAUGGUUAUGUCACACCCACAUGCUGUGAAUGAAAUUGCACUAAGUCUCAACAAUAAAAACCCGAGAACCAAAGCUCUGGUCUUGGAGCUCCUGGCGGCAGUUUGUCUCGUCAGAGGAGGCCACGAAAUUAUUCUCUCUGCGUUCGACAACUUUAAGGAGGUGUGUAUGGAGGAGCAGCGGUUUGAGAAGCUAAUGGAGUAUUUCAAGAACGAAGACAACAACAUCGACUUCAUGGUGGCCUGUAUGCAGUUCAUCAACAUCGUGGUGCACUCGGUGGAGGACAUGAACUUCAGAGUUCACCUACAGUACGACUUCACCAAGCUGUGUCUGGACGACUACUUAGACAAACUAAAGCAUACAGAGAGUGAUAAGUUGCAGGUUCAGAUCCAGGCCUACUUGGAUAAUGUGUUUGACGUGGGAGCCCUUCUGGAGGAUGCCGAGACCAAAAACGCCGCUCUGGAGCGGGUGGAGGAGCUGGAGGAGAACAUGUCACAUAUGACAGAGAAGCUGCUGGACACAGAGAACGAGGCCAUGUCAAAGAUCGUGGAGUUGGAGAAGCAGCUGAUGCAAAGGAACAAGGAGCUUGAAUCGAUCAGGGAAGUCUACAAAGACACCAGCUCGCAGGUGCACACACUGCGGCAGAUGUUAAAGGAGAAGGACGAGGCCAUCCAGCGACAGAGCAACCUGGAAAAGAAGAUCCACGAGCUGGAGAAACAAGGCACCAUCAAGAUCCAGAAGAAGGGAGACGGAGACAUCUCCAUCCUGCCCUCACCGCCCUCUGCCGUGCAGGGCUUGCCGGGUGCUGUGAUUGGAGGAACCGGUGCAGCUGUCAGUCCGAAUCAUACAGGAGUCGUGGCGGGUACACCAGCUCCACCACCACCUCCUCCACCCCCUCCACUACCAGUGAACGGCACAUUGUCAAAUGGACCUUCGUCAGCCAUUCCCGCAGCAGCAGCAGCUCCCCCACCUCCGCCGCCUCCUCCUCCACCUCCCCCUCCUCCUCCAGGGCCAGCCUCACAGAUCUCAGUACCUAUACCUCCUCCGCCUCCUCCUGUAGCGCCUCCACUGCCCGGCUGUGGGACGCCAACUGUCAUCAUGAACUCUGGGUUAGCGGAGGGACCCAUCAAACUUUUCUCUGUUAAGAUCAAGAAACCCAUCAAGACAAAAUUCCGCAUGCCCGUCUUCAACUGGGUCGCCCUGAAACCAAACCAGAUCAACGGGACCGUCUUCAAUGAGAUUGAUGAUGAGAGGAUACUUGAGGACCUGAACGUGGACGAGUUCGAGGAGAUGUUUAAGACAAAAGCCCAGGGCCCGGCAAUCGACAUCACCUCAAACAAGCAGAAGGUCAUCCAGAAGGGGCCGAACAAGGUGGCGCUACUGGACUCUAACAGAGCGAAGAACCUGGCCAUCACGCUGAGGAAAGUGGGCAAGACUUCUGAGGAGAUCUGCAAGGCCAUACAGAUCUUUGAUCUGAGAACUCUGCCCGUGGACUUCGUGGAAUGUCUGAUGCGCUUCCAACCCACCGAAAAUGAGAUUAAAGUCCUGCGGCAGUUUGAGAAGGAGCGCAAGCCGCUGGAGAGCCUGACGGACGAGGACCGCUUCAUGAUGCAGUUCAGUAAAAUCGAGCGGCUCAUGCAGAAGAUGACCAUCAUGGCCUUCAUCGGCAACUUCUGUGAGAGUGUGCAGAUGCUCACGCCGCAACUUCACGCAGUCAUCGCAGCAUCUGUGUCCAUCAAGUCAUCACAGAAGUUAAAGAAAAUUCUAGAGAUUAUCUUGGCGCUUGGAAACUACAUGAACAGCAGCAAAAGAGGAGCUGUGUACGGAUUCAAGCUGCAAAGUUUAGACUUGCUACUUGAUACCAAGUCGACAGACCGUAAGAUAACGUUGUUACACUACAUAGCCAAUGUAGUAAAGGAGAAGUACUCUCAAGUUGCUCUCUUCUACAACGAGCUGCACUACGUGGAGAAAGCUGCAGCAGUGUCGUUGGAGAACGUCCUGCUGGAUGUUAAGGAGCUGCAGAGAGGCAUGGAGCUGACCAAAAGGGAGUACAGCAUGCACGGCCACAACACCAUGCUCAAAGACUUCAUCACACACAAUGAGAGCAAGCUGAAGAAGCUGCAGGAUGAUGCCAAGAUUGCACAGGAUGCCUUUGACGAAGCUGUUAAGUUCUUCGGGGAGAACUCCAAAACGACGCCGCCCUCCGUCUUCUUCCCUGUGUUUGUGCGAUUUGUUAAGGCGUACAGGCAAGCAGAGGAGGACAACGAGCAGAAAAAGAGACAGGAGCAGCUUUUGAUGGAGAAACUUCUAGAACAGGAGGCCAUGAUGGAGGAAGACCAGAAGUCUCCAUCCAAGAACAAGCGGCAGCAGCAAGAGCUGAUUCAGGAGCUCAGGAGGAAACAGGUGAAAGACAGCCGCCAUGUCUACGAAGGCAAAGAUGGAGCGAUUGAGGACAUCAUCACGGUGCUGAAGACAGUGCCCUUUACCGCCCGCACAGCCAAGCGUGGCUCUCGGUUCUUCUGCGAGCCCGCCCUCAAUGAGGAGUACCAUUACUAAGCUUGUAGAACUGUCUCUCUUCUCUAAGAUUUGAGGAAUCAGCCUUACAGGCGAGCAGACGCUGUGCGGAGGAGUGUCAGGAGACGCUUUGAUGAUCAGAACCUGCGGCCGGUGAACAACGGCGAAGUGGUCAUGUGACGAGGGAGCAGUGCAUGUGCUGGGAGGGGAUAUGGCGACGGUGAGGAUGCGUUAGAGAGGGAGAGACAGGAGGUUUGAAGGAUGAUAAGUGAAAGAUGACAAGUGUAGCAACCAUAGAGAUGAGUAUGUAUAUAUAUUACAUAUGAAUACACGUUAUUCCAUGUCUGUGGUAUAGUAGCAGCUUUUCACGAUGAAGGACUGGGACAUGUGUGGGACUGAACUUUAAGUGUCUGAAAGGUUGAUUGAGAAACCUUAGACAAGCCAAGUGCCUGAACUUAUAUUGUUUGUCUGAUGACUGUUUCUAAUAUUACCCCACUUUAAGCAAUACAACUUGACCUGGCUUUAAUUUUAAAGGAAUAGAUCACCCCAAAGUCAAAAAUAUAUUUUUCUCCCUUUUACCUGCAGCGCUGUUUAUUAGUCUAGAUUGUUUUGGUGUCAGUUGCUGAGUGUUGGAGGUAUCAGCUGUAGAGAUGAGAUACAGUGGAAAUACACUGAACAAAAUUUAAACGCAUCGAGUUUUGGUCGCAAAUUCAGGAGGUAGUUGUAAUCAUGCUUUUUAAUGCCACACCUGUCAGGUGGAUCUUGUCUUUACAUAAAUCAUGACCCGGUUACUCGUGCAGAAGGAAGUGUGCAUCUACUGCUAGCUCACCUAACCCCACCAAGCUAGCUAACAUUACAGUUCAGAUGCACAAGUAGAUAAACGCUUCCUUCUGCUCUGUAAUACGGUUGGUGGGUGUAGUUCGGUACAAAGAAAAUAAUUUCUCCAUGAAGCUGCUCACAACAAGGUCUGUGGAUUACCUUGAGUAAAGAUAAAGUAGACCCGGUUACUCAAGAUAAUCCCCAGACCUUGUUGUGAACGGUUUCAUGUAGGAGCUAUUUUCUUUCCACUGAACAAUACCUUCCAUCCGCAUCACUGUGCAGAAGGAAGCGUGCAUCUACUAUUAUUUUUUCAGUCGAUGGCAUCUAUGCCUGGAUGAGAGGCUUGUGCUCAUGACAGCAGGUGACAUGACAAUAAUGGCAUCCUCCAUGGCUGAGCUGUAUUGUAAUAUAGCUCAGAGAUGCUAGGUGAGCUAGCAGUAGAUGCACGCUUCCUUCUGCGCGGUGAUACUGUUGGUGGGUGUAGUUUGGUAGAAAGAAAAUAGUUCCUACAUGAAACUGUUCACAACAAGGUCUGUGGAUUAUUGAAUAACCAGGUCAUGAUUUCUGGAAAGAGACAUUGCUGUUGUUUUUUUAAAUGUAUUUUUUUGAGUUUUGAGCACCACAAGCUGAGUGCCAUCUAGUUUAAAUAUAUGAGAGAAGGCAGACAUCUCUACGGCUGAUAUCUCCAACACUCGGCAGCUCACACCAAAACAAUUUAGACUGAUAAAUAGCACUACAGGUAAGAGGAAAAAUAUUUAUGAUUUGGAGGGGUUGAACUGUCCCUUAAAGAUGUGUAAAACUGGACUUACGGUGGCCUUAAGAGCCACGUGAAGAGAUGCUUCUUUGGAGACCUAAUGUAGAAUGUAUGGGACGAGUUCCCUUUAGCUGUUACAAAUAUUACAUCUGUCGUAUCUUGGUACAUUCCGGUGCUCUUUCCAUUCCUCUGACUAUACAAACGUGCUCGACCUGCACUUUUUUCAUUACAUCUCAUGAUUCUUCGACUUUGACUAAAAGGGCUGAUGAUCAGGCAUGAAGACGGCGAUCAGAAAAGUAAUUAAAAUUCUAUAUUUGUACUAAAGGAAGUAUAAGAAUGAUGGGAAAUUAACAAAAGACAUCAAAACCAUUUCAAAACAAGACCGAACCAAUGUGAAUUGUAUAUACAUCAGGUGUCUAUCUCCAUGCUGACUUCUCUUUCAUAAUUUGCCACUUCAGUUAUGAAUCAAGCCUGAGUUUGUAGCUCUUGAGUCAAAGAAGAAGGCUGUCUGCUCACAUUAAACUCUACCGUCCAUUUAAAAUAUUGCAUUGCUGUAGCAGCACAGCAGUUUCUCUGGUUUCUGGGAACAAAUUUUGAGUAAACAAGCCUGUAAAGCAGCAUAAAAAACACAUUUCUACGCAGUAACUGCACGAAAGAAAACCCUACUGGGGAAUCUCAUUGUCAGAACUGGAUAUAACUUCACAUUUCAUCUGUGUCAACUUUUUUUUUUUUUACAGAUUAAUUAUAUUCCAGGCUACUGUGUUUACUUACUUUAUUGUAAUUUUAAUGUAUAGUAUUUAACCACUGAAAGGAUUCCUUUAAGUUCAUGUUUUCAUCUAAUGUGUGUCUGUGCUCAUUAAAAACAAAGUACACAACACAAAAAAAGUUUCCUAAAUGUACAGAUAUUUUACAACAAACCAUUUUUUUUUUUUUUUUUGUUACUUACUUCACAUUACCAGAUGGUUAAUAUUGUACAUAUUGUUUAAACAAAAGUUUUCAUUGCCUUGUGCUAUACAACUUGAAUGUUAUUUUAACUUAUAGUUUUCUUUUUUUGUAUAUUUAAUUAAGCCAAAUGCAGCCAGAGUCUACAGUAGAGUGUUGAAUCAUAGAUUUCUCACGGUCAUGCAGGAGGCAGCAGAUCACCCAGUUUGCUCGUGGGUGUGUCACAGGCGCGUCAAAGCCAGCUACAAAAACAUGCAACACCUUUCAUCUGCAAUUGUUGGUACAUUUGAACAGAUUUCAACUUUUAAUCACAUGUAUUGUACCUAAAAUAAACUAGUUUCCAUUAGUCGUCCUGUGAUUAGCUGGUUUUGUGGCUCAGUGAUUCACCCUCCUGUAAUUACGUCCACUGAAGCACGUGCUGCCGUUUCAUCUCCUUUUUCUCUCAGCUUCACUGUCUGUAAUAGUGACAUUUCUCUAACUGGAUAAUACUGGCAUGUUGUUGUUUUUUUUUUACUUUCACCAGAAAUGUAUUUUAGGCACUUUGUGCUUAUUACAAAAUAACAUGUUUUUUUUGUUGUUUAAUUAGGUUAUAUGAGAUUUUCAAUGAAUAUGAUCAAAUAAACUAUUUACAUUGAAUAUAAAACUGA